AUGAAUACAGAUGAUAAAGAUGGAACCAACAUAACAGUUAUAGGCCAAGCAGCACAUGUCAGAAAUGAAGUUCGGUUUGAAAAACUUCUAUCCAGGUUGGAAACUAAGUAUUCUUCCAAUCCAUCCAGAUUCCAUUACUUGUACAGUUUGGUAAAAGCAGAAGUUGAAACAAACACAGCAAAAUCAUCAUCAAGUUGUACAAAUGGUCUUCUAUGGUUGACAAGAUCAAUGGAUUUCCAAGUGGAGCUUUUUCGUAACUUAGCCCAGAAUCAAGAUUGGACAAUGGCACAUGCUUGUACCGAUUCUUAUGGCAAGACUUUGAAGAAAUGGCAUGGGUGGCUUGCUUAUUCAAGUUUCACUGUUUGUAUCAAGCUUGUUCCUGAUAGGAAGAAGUUCCUGGAAGUGAUCAGGGGCACAGGGGAUAUCUAUUCUGAUAUGGAAAAAUUUAGCACAAACUUUUCACCACUUCUUCGAGAUAUCCACAAGUUUCUGGUGAUGAAUGGUAGUGGAAUUUGGAAUAUACCUGGACCAGAAUCUCCAGUUUCACACAAUUUCUUGGAGUGUAGUGAAGUUGGAGUGUAG